CGAGGCUGCGUCCCGGGAAGCCCGGCCCCCCGCGCCCCCCGGCCCGGCCCGGCGCCCCGGACCUGAGCGCGCCCCCAUGGAGGCGCCCGGGCUGGCCAAGGCGGCCGCGGCGGACGCCGACUCCCGAGAGAGCUCGGGGGAGACCCCCGACGGCGCGCCCGCGCACUUCCCCGGCCCCGGGGCGCCCUCGCCGGAGCCGCCCGCCUACCGCUCGCAGGACUUCGACACGCUGGCCACCGUGGGUACAGGGACGUUCGGCCGCGUGCAGCUGGUCCGCGAGAAGAAGAGCACGCAUUUCUUCGCCCUGAAGGUGAUGAGCAUCCCGGAUGUCAUCCGCCUGAAGCAGGAGCAGCACGUCCACAACGAGAAAUCCGUGCUGAAGGAAGUCAGCCACCCCUUCCUGGUCAAGCUGUUCUGGACGGGGCACGAUGACCGCUUCCUGUACAUGCUGAUGGAGUUCGUGCCGGGUGGUGAGCUCUUCAGCUACCUGCGCAACCAGGGCCGCUUCUCCAGCUCCACCGGGCUCUUCUACUCCGCGGAGAUCGUCUGUGCCAUCGAGUACCUGCACUCCAAGGAGAUCGUCUACAGGGACCUGAAGCCGGAGAACAUCCUGCUGGAUAGAGACGGUCACAUCAAGCUCACUGACUUCGGGUUCGCCAAGAAACUGGUGGACAAGACGUGGACCCUUUGCGGGACCCCCGAGUACCUGGCCCCCGAAGUCAUCCAGAGCAAGGGCCACGGGAGAGCUGUGGAUUGGUGGGCACUCGGCAUCCUGAUAUUUGAGAUGCUCUCGGGAAACUGUGGACCUGGGGAUUCUUCCUCGUCCUGUGAACGCGAGGUUCUUCUGCCUGAUGUGCUGCCUUCCGUCCACGCUCCCGCCCCUUCCCUUUGUCCUGCUUUCUUUGGCGGCUGUGCUUUUUGCUGGUUUCCUCCGUUUUUUGAUGACAACGCAUUUGGCAUUUACCAAAAAAUUCUUGCAGGCAAGAUAGAUUUCCCCAGACAUUUGGACUUCAGUGUCAAAGACCUCAUUAAGAAACUGCUUGUUGUCGACAGAACAAGGAGAUUGGGAAACAUGAAGAAUGGAGCAGAAGAUGUGAAACGGCAUCGGUGGUUCCGGACCACAGACUGGGAGGCUGUCCCAGAAAGGAAACUGAAGCCUCCCAUCGUGCCCAAAGUGUGCAGCGAGGGCGACACCUCCAACUUCGAAGCUUAUCCCGAAAACGACUGGAACGUGGCCCCUCCGGUGUCACAGAAAGAUCUGGAAGUCUUCAAGAAUUUCUGAGCGUGGGCUCCCCACCUGGAAGAAACAGGGUGAUUUGAGCCUGCCCGGGACAGAUGGCUGCCCCCAGGCAGACCUGAAGAAGCAUCUUCUUAAUGGGAUAAGGACUUUUCCACGUUUAUAUACACCCGGAUGUAUAUAAAGAGAUUGCAGAGCCA